UGUUUAUUUCUUGGAUUUAAAUACUAGCAAUCACCGAUCAUUUAUCAGAAUUUAGUCGAGUUUUGUCAGUGAUUUGUGAAACAUCAUUUGCAAGAUGUUGUUAAAAACAUUCUUUUGUUUAUUAAUUACGUUCCAUUUUCAAUUGAACCGAUUGGUUCAAUCGAAAGCAUGGCCUCAAAUUGGUUGGUCCAAUCCAUACUACUCUCAAGAACCAGUAACUACAACAACCACACAGAAGCCAUUGUAUCCAACGUUAUACUCAAGAAAUAAUCCACAUCCCGUGCCAUAUGAUGAUGUUGGUCAAAGACAAGUGCCAGUGAAUCCAUUUGAUGUGCAUCCAUCGCAACCAAAUAUUGGCGGAAAUCAACGCAACGACUAUUCAAAUAACAAUUUUAAUUAUCCCUACGAUAACACUCGCACUCCUACAACAUAUCCACCGUUUGAUGGGUCAACCAGAAGAAAUACUUUCCCCACACGUCGACAAUUUUACAAUAUACCACCACAAAGCUCUUUCAAUAAUAGUGCGCCAAAUAAUCAUAACCACACCCAACUUUUAAAUGAUCACAACAAUCAAAGGCCAAAUACUGGAAACAAUUAUCCAAAUCAAAAUACACAUAAUAACGGAGACCAUCAACAUCGUCCGUUCCCAAAUCCACAGUUUUAUGAUAGAAAUAAUCAAAACGGACCUAUUCCAAAUGCUGGAAAUAAUUAUCAAGAUCGGAAUAGAUAUAAUAACACAUCCUCUCAAUAUCCUUCACUGCAAAAUUCAAAAUUUGAUAAUGGAAAUGUUCGUAACCAAGCCAUUUCAAAUGGUGGAAGCAACUAUCACAACCAAAAUACAAACAACAAUAACCCAACCAAUCAAAAUCGUCAAUUUCCAAAAAAUGAAUCUUUUCGAAUAGAUCCACCGUUUAAUGAUGGAAGAAAUCAAUACCAAUCAAAUUAUCAACAAAAUCAUGGUGGUUUGACAAAUCAAAACAAUUAUGGCCCUUCAGCUCCACCAACGCCUCAAUACCCAGUCCUACCAAAACCACAACAGCCACAACAGCCCGACUUUGAUCCAAAUGGUGUUGCUUUGGCUCCUUUCCCCGAUGAAAACGUUGAUCCAAAUAAUUUUGGCGCACGCAAACAUUUCAACUAUGAAAACUUGCACCACAGACAUCCAUCAAAAUCUAAUGUUGAUAGCAACCCGUUAAAAGCUACCGAAAGUCGAUUUGGUGCAACUAAAGUGGUACCAUUGGCUUCUUACACUAGCUUCGGCGGUGUUCAGGUCCCAUUGGCACCACUGGCACCAUAUUAGACUCAUUUCAUUUGAAAUAAUUCUCUACGCUUUAAUUAUCUAAUCAAAAAAAAAUUAAGUCGACUUUUUUUUUUAAAUGAUGACAUUCGAUUUAUUUAUUAGCUGUCAUGUAUCGAAUUUUAAGCAAAGUCAUUUGUAAUAAUAAUACUUGAACGUAUUGAAAAUUUGUAGGAAAUUCGAAUAAAAUUUCUGUUAAAAUGAAA